UACACGGACUUAAAGGGUGUAACACCAAAUAUUGAAAUUUGCCUCGACUUGUUUUACUCCACUUUCUUCUGAUCGCUUGUUUAAAUGCUCCUAAAAUUAAAGAAAGUUUAACCUGAUGCUGUUUCAGUUUUGCAUAAUAAACUUAAUAAGGAUUUGGGGCCGUAGUUGAGAUGGGAGUCCACGGACUGUGGAGGCUGCUGGAGAGCACAGGGAAACCCAUCAACCCUGAGACUCUGGAGGGAAAGGUCCUCGCUGUUGAUAUCAGUAUAUGGCUGAACCAGGCUGUGAAGGGAGUGAGGGACCGUGAUGGAAACAGCGUCCAGAAUGCUCACCUCCUCACCCUCUUUCAUCGCGUCUGCAAGCUGCUCUUCUUCCGCAUCAGACCUGUCUUCGUGUUUGAUGGAGAUGCACCUCUUCUGAAGAAACAGACUCUGGCACUGAGGAGGCAGAGGAAAGAGGAGUUGACCCGGGAGUCCAAACAGACAAAUGAGAAACUCCUCAAGACUUUCCUGAAGAGACAAGCAAUCAAAGCUGCUCUUGGAGACCGCAGUAAGGACCCUCUCCCGAGCCUUUCCAAUGUCAGAAGAGAUGAGGUGGAUGACAUGUACGUACUGCCAGCGCUGCCAGCUGCAGAGGAGAAGGAGAAAAGCAGUUCAGAAGAAGAGGAAGAGGAGGUAGAGGAAGGGACAGAGGGGGAGAAGACAGCUGACAGUUUUCACAUGUAUCAGGGAGAGAUGUAUGACGACCCAAACUCAGUGGACAUCAACUCAGAGGAGUUUGCUAGCAUGCCUCCUGAAAUGCAACAUGAGAUCCUCAAAGACAUGAAAGAGUUUUCCAAAAGGCGGCGGACCAUGUACCACAAACCUCCAGAGAGCUCUGGAGACUUCUCUCAGUACCAGCUGGCCGGCCUGCUGCAGAGGAACCAUCUGAACCAGCGCCUGCAAGGUGUGGAGAAAGAGAUGAGCCAGCGGAGCUCAGGGAGCGCUUCACAGCUUUACAACGAGGACGGGGAGAAGAGUCACAACGUAGAGUCACAGCGGCUGGUGUCUGAGGACUAUUCUCACUACAUCCUUAUAAAAGGCUCCAAAAAGACUGAGCCGACCCCUGAGAGCCGUCCUGCAGCUGAUCCCUGGUCUGGAGGCUCUCUGUCGGGCUGCAGUCGACGAGCAGCGGACAGAGCGGAGCCUCUGUGGCGUCCUGCUGGUGAGGAAGAGGAGAAAGUGUGUCGUCCCUCCUCAGAAGUCUCCAAACCCUCUGUCUCCAAACCUUCUGAGGAAAACACAUCUCCUCCCUCACCUCGUACUCUGAAAGCGAUCCAGGCUGCAAUGACCGACAGCUCGGAUGAAGAGAAGUUGGAGCAGGAUAAGAGGAGUGGAAACGUGUCUCCUCGCACCCUGAUGGCGAUCCAACAAGCUCUCACUGAAGAGGAAGCUGCUGCUGAGCACAGGAGUCUGAACAGCAAAUCAAACAUAGAAGUGAUCGCAGAUAUUCACCGUCCUGUCUCCCAGGUGAUCAUCAGCUCAGACGAGGAGAUAGAACGAGACAAAGGGAACUCUCUGUCUCUUAAAAUCUCUGACCUUAAAAACAGCAUGACAGGACAGAGUUCACACGUGAGAGAUGGUCUGUUGGUUAGCAGCUCUGAGGACGAGAUGGAAGAAGUCAUCAAUCAGAGAAACAAAGCACUGCACCAACCUCAGGAGAAGACAGGAGAGGGAGCGAAGGAAGGACAGUUAACAGAGGAUACAGGGACAGAAAGUAGAGAACAGACGGAGAGAAGAGAACCAGAGCGAGGACUUAUCAGACUCAAUGGAGAUCUGGUUCGAUCACUGACAGCUGCUGCAUCAAAUCAGGACAAAUUACCCAUCAGCCCCUCUGCACAGAUUCAUGGGCAGCCUCUCAGUGCUGAGACUGAAGUUCCUCCUGAAGACGUGAAGUCUGAGGCCGGGGAAGAGAGCGAGUCAGAAGAAAGCUUUAUCGAGGUGUCGGACGAAGAAAUCAAAGAGGAGGAUGAAGAUGAUUCAGUUGUUAUGAUUAGAGAAAAAGCAUCUCCAGGAGAGGAACAAGAAGAUAAGUCAAAGGUGGAAGAAAAGCUAGAGGAAGGUUUGAUGAAAGCUCAAAGUGAAGCAAACGCUUAUGUGACAUCAGAGGAGGAAGAAGAGGAGGAGACUCCGGCUGAAGAGGAAGAGCUAAAGGAGGGAGCAGAGAAAGAGUCAACUCCAGUAGUCAAUGAAUGGGAACAUAUUGAUGUGGGUGAGCUGGAGGCAAUGGAGAGCUCUCUUGAAAUGGAGCAGAGCAACCUGAGGGAGCUGAAGCAGCAGCAGGAGAGGAUGGCCAACACUGUCACUGGACAGAUGUACCUGGAGAGCCAGGAGCUUCUGCGUCUGUUUGGCGUGCCGUUCCUUGUGGCGCCGAUGGAGGCGGAGGCUCAGUGUGCAGCACUCGACCGUGCCGACCAAACAAAUGGCACCAUAACUGACGACUCUGACGUUUGGCUGUUUGGAGGACGACACGUAUACAAGAACUUCUUCAGCCAGAACAAAUACGUGGAACACUUUCAGUUCAGCGACAUGCAGAACCAACUGGGUCUGGACAGAACCAAACUGAUAAACCUGGCUUAUCUGCUGGGAAGUGACUACACAGAGGGAGUGCCGGGGGUCGGAUAUGUGACCGGCAUGGAGAUCCUGAAUGAGUUCCCCGGGCCGGGCUUGGAGCCACUCCUACAGUUCAGUAAAUGGUGGUCAGAGGCUCAGGGGAAAAAGCGUCAGGCGUCUGAUCCCCGGGACACAAAGGUGAAGAAGAAGUUAAGAGAUCUGAAGCUGCAGCCGGGGUUUCCCAGCCCCGUGGUGGCUCAAGCUUACCUGGAGCCGGCUGUGGAUCAGUCAGACAGCUCCUUCAGCUGGGGACGCCCACAGCUGGACAUGAUCAAAGAGUUCUGUAUGAGUCGCUUUGGUUGGGGCAGCAGGAAGACGGAGGAGACUCUUCAGCCUGUGAUCAAGCAGCUCAACACCCAGCAGACUCAGCUGCGGAUCGACUCGUUCUUCCGCAUGGAGCAACAGGAGAAGCAGGCGAUCCGCAGCCAGCGUCUCCGCCGAGCGGUCACUUGCAUGAAGAGGAAGGAGAGAGCAGCAGGAGAGGAGGAGGAGGAUGAGGAAGACAGCGAGGAGGAAACAGUAUCUCCAUCCAAAUCCAAGAAAGAAAAGACGGCGAGUGAGAGUCUGAAGAAAAGCAGAGGAUCAGAGAGCCGAGAGGAGAGGAGGCCUGCAGCAGGAGGAGGGUUUCUGGGGUCAGAGGUAAUCGUUGAACCUCCUGUGACGCCUCUGAAGAAGUCAAGCAGCAGCAGCAGCAGCAGCCAGGAGUCCCCCACUUUUAAAGUCCCUCAGGUAACUAAGACUCUACCUCAGAAGGCCAGGAGGAGGAAUAGCAGCAGCUCCAGCGAGGACAGUGAUGAAGGAGGAGAGGAAGUUGCGAUGGUUACAGCUCGGUCUGUGUUCGAAGGCAGCCGGCGAGCCAGAGGAGGGAAAAAUACACGAGGGAGAGGAAGAGGGAGAGGAAAGGGGAAGAAGAUGGAAGGGAAAAAAUGAACUUUGACCACAACUAUCAUAAGGCUUACCAAACAGGUCUCAGUUUCAUGGUCUGUGUUUCACAUUUAAAUGUGAAAGGUGCUAAUGAAUCAUGAUGUGAUAUACAGAGGUGAAAUGAGAUGUUUCUGUAUCAUGAAAUAACAUGUUUUGUAUUAAUGUGACACAUUUUGCAUUAAAUUUUCACUUCUUGAAGUUGAAAUA